GAAACCCAAAAACAAAAAUCACCCAAAAAAAGGUUGGAACCCCACAACGCUCCUGAGCUUUUCUCAACCAGAAUCCAUCACCCUUGCCUUGAUUUCAACCAAAACCCAUUUCUAGAGACCACCAAACCCUGCAAAAACCAUUCAUGCUCUGAACGAUUUCAUGUUUCCUAGAUGGGUUUGCCGCCAAAACCCCUGUCUCUCCUCUCCCUCUCUCUGACUUUCCUCACAAUUCUUGGCUUCUUCCCAUCUGCCAAACCCUCCACAGAUUUCACAAACUUGGUGUAUAAAGGCUGUGCCGACCAAAAAUUCCAAGACCCAUCAGGGGUUUACUCCAAAACCCUCAAACCCCUGUUUGAUUCUCUGGUUUCACAGUCCUCCACAAAGAAUUUCUCCACAGCCACCUCUGGUGAGGGCCAAUCUUCCAUCACAGGGCUGUACCAAUGUAGAGGUGAUCUCUCCAAUUCCCAAUGCUACACCUGUGUGGGAAAACUCCCAGGCCUCUGCACCAAGCUCUGUGGCAAAGCUAUAGCCGCCAGAGUUCAACUCAGUGGGUGCUACAUGAGGUAUGAGCUUGCUGGGUUCAAGCAGGUCACUGCAACUGAGCUUCUGUACAAGGUGUGUGGAUCAACUCAGGCAAGUCAGAGUGGGUUUGAAGAGAAGAGAGACACUACUUUUGGGAUGAUGGAGAAGGGAGUUGAAGGUGGGGAUGGAUUCUACACUGGGACAUAUGAGUCUGUGUAUGUGUUGGGGCAGUGUGAGGGGGACAUGGGAGGUAGUGAUUGUGGAGAUUGUGUGAACACUGCAGUUGAGAGAGUCAAAACCGAGUGUGGUGACUCAAUUUCCGGGCAGAUUUAUUUGCACAAAUGCUACAUCAGCUAUAGUUACUAUCCAACAGGGGUGCCCAGCCAAUCUUCAGCAGAAUCAGGUCAGAGUACAGAGAAGACAGUAGCACUUGUUGUGGGAGGGGUAGCAGCUCUAGGGUUUGGAAUUGCUUGUUUGAUGUUUGUUAGAACAGCUUUCAAGAAACAUCAUAGUAGUAAGUACUAACAUUAAGCUCAUAUGUAUUUCUUAUACUAGUACCUACAGUUUCUUCACUACUUCUGUACAUGGUUGUAGUUUGAGUUGAUAAUUGUAUUAUUAUAUGCAGAUUACUGAAAAUUUUGAGAUAUGGGUCUAGAAGAUGCCACUGUUUUCUGUAGUGGGUCUCCUCUUUUCUUUGAUAAAGAGGGUGGGAAGAGGGUGGUAAAGUUAGGUGAAGUAUUCAUUGAAUCAUUGGGAGUGUUGUAAAUGGGAAAGGAGAGAGGGUGGGAAGAGAUGUUUUUUCUCUCCUUACUUCACACUUAGACUCUACUAGUAUUUUGUCAUUUUCCAUUUUCCUUGUGCAUUACAUUCCCACACAUGAAAUUGAUACAUAUGAUUCAAAGUAUUUUGCUUUCCAAUGAAGUUUCCCACUUUAUCACUUUA